AUGUCGACGGGGGGACCGUCCCUGAGUGUGGAUCUCACUCCGCCUGUCAAUGGACACCACAGCUAUGGCCAUACUCGUCGCGGCCACUCUCGAUCGAAUCGCUGGGCGCAACCUCCGCCUCCCAUCCCACAGCCGGCCAACAGCCUCCCCCAACCUGAAACCAAUGGGUUGAAUUCAAGCUAUUCAUACGGACAUGCGCAUCAAUUGUCGAACGGCCAUACACACUCGCAUUCAAGCGCCCACCAUGAUCACCAUGAUCACUCACACGCACACUACGAUCAUGGCCAUCAUCACGAUCACGAUCACGAUCAUCAUGACCAUGACCAUGACCACCAUAGCCACCAUGGUCAUACCCAUAGUGUGUCUUCGGUUCAUAAUGAUGCGCCACAUAACCACGAUUCGAAAAGCGCUCAUGGAUUUAUACCAGUCGAUACAACAAUCAAGGCGGAUUCUAACCCCGAUCAAAUCCAUGAGAUAUUCACUAGCGCUCUCAUUGUGUUGCCUUGGAUUGUGCUAUCUUGGCACAACAGGCAGAGCGUGCAAACGCCUGGAUCGACUCCUACAGAAACCGCAAAAGUGCCUAUUCCCAUUGUAUCUGUCGGACAAGUCGGACAGAAAACAUGCAUUUUAACUGCAAUCACGCUGGUUUUGUUCGGUUGUGGUCAGCUCCUACGAAUCAAUCUCCAGAAGACUGGAUCAUUGGGAGCAUCGUCCAUCAAAUUUCCAGCAGUGAAUGCGAAGGCCGUUCAAGCUUCUCUUUCACAGAUCGUUUCGGUGGCACUGCCGAUUUUUGCAGCGCUGAAAAUUGGUGGCUUCUUAGUUGCCUUUGCGCUCCUCCUUGCGACUGCAACAGGAGUACCGACUAUCAUCAAUGGGAACCCACGCGCCCAGGAGCGAUACAGUAAAAAGAAACUGUCCAUUGCUCUUCUUGCACUGGCCAUCGCGACAAGUUCCUUGGGGCUGAAUUAUCCCUGGGACCCGUCUCCUUUCUUUGGAUAUGUCGCGCUCUUGGUAUCUAUUUUCAUUAUCGCUCCCCCAUUCCCUUUUCUUCGCCAACAUGGUCCUAUCCCCGAGCCGGGUCUUGUUGCACUGCAAGGAAAGUCUUCGGACCUGAGCCAGUCUUCCGUCGUGGCUACAACCGAUGCGCCAUUGGCUGUCAUAUCCGGAUCCUCUCUUGCACUGUUCACUCUGAUUUUCACUCGAGGGAUCGGCUUCGGCAUGUCAGAUGUAAUAUACCUCCUCGUCCCUACGGGUCUCUUUGCACUUUCUCUCAUGGCCUCUCUGCCCGAGGGUCUUCGAUCUUCCAACAAAAUCGGGCUCGCCAUCUGUGCUGGAGCUGCAGCUCUUCUAUGCUCUCCUCAUAUGCAGGAUGAUCUCCUUGUACUAUAUGCCGCGCGUGGGAUCUUAGCAACAGCCUCGUUCUUUGCUUCUCGAAUGGAUGAUGGCCAUUUGCAUUCCGAUUCCCACGCACACAAUCACACAAGCCACAGCCACAGCCACAGCCAUUCGCACGCCACUGUCGAAGCGUCGCAGAAGGAUUCCCGCAGCAUCUUCUACUUCAUGUGUCUAAACUUUACAUUUAUGCUUGUCCAACUGUCAUAUGGCUUCCUGACUGGAUCAUUGGGUUUGCUUAGUGACAGUAUUCACAUGUUCUUCGAUUGUCUCGCGCUUGUGGUCGGUUUGUGCGCUGCUGUCAUGAGCAAAUGGGCUCCCAAUGCUCGGUUCCCUUACGGCUAUGGGAAAGUCGACACUUUGUCUGGAUUUGCCAACGGCAUCUUUCUCAUGAUUAUAAGCGUGGAGAUCAUUUACGAAGCGGUGGAACGGCUGUCAUCAGGAAGCGAGAUGCAACGUAUCGGGGAGCUGUUGGUUGUUAGCAUUGCUGGUUUGGCUGUCAAUCUCGUCGGUAUCUUCAGCUUUGAGCAUGGUCAUCAUCAUGGCCACGAUCACGGACACGACCACUCUCAUGGCAAUGAGAACAUGCACGGCAUCUUCUUGCACAUUCUUGCCGAUACGCUUGGGUCGGUGGCUGUCGUGAUAUCGACCAUUCUUGUGCACUAUUCUGGCUGGUCGGGCUACGAUCCCUUGGCAUCGUGCUUUAUUGCCAUAUUGAUCUUCGCCUCGGCGGUUCCCCUGGUCACGAGCACCGCCAAAUCCUUGCUGCUCACUCUACCAGCCGAUACCGAAUAUAAUGUCCGUGAAACCUUAGCGGGUGUCAGCACCUUGAGGGGCGUGGUCAGUUAUACAGUACCCAAAUUCUGGCUCGAUGAUACCGGGACGACGUCAGAGCACAGCCAUUCGCAUGACCACUCCGGUCAUGGCGAAUGUGGACAUCAACACGGUCAUAGUCACAGCCCCCAUCAUAACCAUGACCCUGACCACGGCCAUUCCCAUACGCCCAGCCAUUCUCAUGAACACGACCAUGUUCAUGAGCAUGACCACGAGCACGAGCACGAGAAAAAGCCGCAAAAUAUCUUCGGUGUGAUCCAUGUCAUUGCGUCUCGCGGUGCAGAUUUAGAAGAUGUGCGUCAACGGACCGUCGACUACCUCCGUGAGAAAAACAUGGAUAUUCUGGUUCAAGUUGAGCGCGAUGGAGAUGCACGCUGUUGGUGUGGUGGCGGAAGCAAGGGCUUGUAA